UCUCUCUCUCUCUCUUGGUCUCUGACUGUAGGCGUGGUUCUUUAUGCAUGUCAAUGUUUGGAAGUAAGCGGACAGACUUGAUACGCACCGCUAUCCGCAUUCUCCGUGGUUUAGGCUUGGGAGCAGCGUAAGCCAUGGCUUUCUUCUUCAAAGGAGCGGUUACAAGUUCUCCGAUUAAGACCAGGAGGCAGGAGGCUGAACAUAUUUGUCACAGUCUUGACGUCUCCCACUUCUCUGACUCCUCCUAUGAGUGUUUCUCCACCAAUCCGCUGACAGGCUCCGUGUGUGCGUGUCGCCGAAGCCCCCGCCUACUAGCCAACGGUUAUUAUGUACUGACAGAGGAUAGUUUUAGCACAGACGACGAGGGUAACGUCACCCUGACUCCCUCACACACCAGCGUCUCAUACAAAGAGAAUGUUGUCCGCAUAUUCAGACGAAGGCGCCGGGCAAAAAGGUCACUGGCAAGCCUUCUGAGUGAUAUGAGCCAAUCAUGCCAGUCCUGGCUGGAAGGAAGUGUUUUUAGAAGAUCUGACCCGAUCACCCCCCUCCAGUCAUCAUCAUGGGAGGAACUGGACCACAGCUACGCCUAUGAGAAAGAUACACCUAUCAGCUUCACCUACGAUCCUACAGAUCCUGUUUCCUCUUCUGAUAAAGUGCCUCCUCAGACUCAGCUUGAAGAAGAGGAGGAGCCGCCGUCCGAGGCUUGCUACGCCCAUGAACAAUUCAGCCAAUCAACCAAUCAAUGUUUUGGUCUCCUGGAUGUUCCUCCCCCAUCUGUCUGUCACCUCAAUAGUUAUAGCUCAUCCAGCAAGACAUCGUCAGAAACUGUGCUCCGAAAAGUCCUUCUCCUCAUCCUCACUCUGUGCCUCUGCAUUGCCAUCUCUUCCGGGUGGCUGCUGGGAGGUGUUUCUGCAGCAGUGGCAUUCAUGGUUCUGCUUUCAUCUAUAUGUAUGUCUAAACCUGGGACAGCAGUGCGCUGGAGGAGAGCAAAGACUGAGGACAUCACCUCCCGAAACGAGUGAGGAAGAACCGUACACACAUGCACACAUCUGUGUGAAGUCCAGAGGACGUGAGUGUGUGGACACACAUCCUACAUCAGCGUUAAAUAUUAGUUACAUAUCAGUUUUUGUAGUGGUGUUUUCACUGAUCAGCUAAAGAGUUCUGAAUAAUAAUGAUAGAAGAGAAAGUGUAACAGGACCAGCGAUGACAAAUAACUGUCACAGAAAUUGUACAUGCUGAGAUAAGCUUGCAUUUUUUAAAUAGAUGGACAUAUUAACACAGAACGAUCUUGGAGUAAAAGUUUAAGAAUUUGAUCAAUUUAACUAAAUGAAUGACUGGAUUGCAUUAUGAGGGAUUCUCUGCGAGUCAGUGGAGAUGCCCUGCAUGACAGAACGUAGAAGUAAAAUGUGUCAGUUGUGUUUGUAAAUGCGUCAGCUUGGCUUGGUUGGGCUCUUUGACAUGGUGACCAGGGCAUCAGGUAUAUUGCUCAGCUUGUUUAGUCAGAUUAUCAGGAACUGAUUUAAAAAAAAAAAAAUUGCUGCAACACCCAGUUUAAUAUAAUGGCUUUGCAGAAAAUCUUUAACUUUUGAGAAGUUGUAGCAAAAGAAGUGCCAGUUUAGCUUUGCACAGAUGCCUCAUAUUUGUCAAGUGCCUUUGUUAUACAAAACAGGAGUGUUAUUGCCAUUUGCCAGGGUUAGAGUCUCACAUCUGUGCUGUGUGACUCAAGAGGGCUGAAAUUUUAAUAUGCUAUUUUUUAAAUGCUAAUGGGAGCACAAUAAUUAGAUAUAUUAUAACGGUAUUGCACUUAAAACAGGAUUUAAAAGCGCUUAUGUCACAGGGACUUUCUCUAGAUUAUUAAGACAAUAAAAUCUUGUUUGCAGGGAAUUAGUGCUGCCAAAAGAGAACAUGUUCUCGAUUUACUGUAUAAUAUGUGUAGAAUUUUGUCACGUUAAUAAGAGGCAAAUGCUCUGACAGAAAGUUUAAGGUGCAGUAAGCAAUUUCUGAAAAACGGUGUUGAAAGUGGAUCGGAACGAGCACCACAACACACUUGUAGCCAAUCAGCAGUAGAGGGCGUGUCCACUCAUGAUGGGGGAGGAGAGAAAGAGUGAGCAAGAGCGAGAUUUGAAGAAGGACUGUAGAAAGAGAGAUGUCUGAGAGACAUUACAAAGGAGAAAUUAGUCAGAGGAAUAUCACUGGAAAAAGAAGAGUUAUGAUCAGGCAAGAGCUUUAGGACCCGCGUUAAUAUUAGAAAAGCUUUCCAGUACUAAACGGGAAGACCUGAAAAUGGACGCUGAAUUGUGUACUGUAUGUUCAUUUUUUGUUCUUCCUUGUCAUUCUUUUGUCAUCUUUUUUGUGAAGCUUUAUUUUGCUUUGCUUCUGCUAUGAUAAAAACAUCCUCUCUUGUGUGUCCGUGCAUUUUGGGGGUGGAGCAAUGAAGGGAGGGGUGUGUUUGUUUGUGUUGAUUUCAAAUAUCAACAGUGUUCAACAAUGAUCCUCAGAAAUCACUUACUGCACCUUUAAGAGUAAACUGUGAGUAGAAGGCUUUGUCUGUACAACAUGACCAAAAUGCAUUAAGUGCAACUGAACUUGUAUCCUUUGGAGGGAAUGUUGUUUUAAAAAUGUUGUUUGUAUUAGGAUGAAAAAAAAAAAAAAAAAAAAAAAACAUUUUCUUACAAAGACAAAGUUUGUAGGAGAUGAUGGAGUUUUUUUUUUUAUAAAGGCAGCUCAGUUUUGAAGAGAACAAAGACAUUCAUGAGGAAACAAAAGCAAAGCAAAGUGUUCAAAUGAACACUUCAGUUUUAGAGGUUUGCGCCUAAAAAUCUGAAAGCAAACCUGUUUGAGACCAAGCCAAGGUGAAUAAGUGAAUCAUUCAAAUGCAUUUAUCUUGUAGCCAAUAUAUCUAAAGUGUUUAAAUGAAUUGUAUUGUCUUCAGUGUUUUUAGUGCCCAUGAGCAAAGAAACAUUUGAGUGCAGGACUGAAUGAAUAUUGCUCUAUAAAAUAGUCAAUAUUUACUGUAAAGUGUUCUGUAAAUGUAUCAUUAUUAAGGGCCAAGCACAAAAGGUUCAAAGGUGAGGAUGCUAAAAAGGAUUUGAAGCUGUAACUCAGCAAAAAAUGUAUGCUGUUGCCACAAUCCCAUAUUACAAGGCUGACAGCGCCACCUGUUGGUCAAAAUUCUAUUUAUGGACUUAAAGUCCUAAAGUCCUCACCAUGAAUGUUAUGUCCAAUCAGAUUUACAUAACAUUUACAUGAUGUUUUUGUUGCUGUGCCUGGUCCUGUAAUUGCUGCUUGCAGCUAUAUUUAUAAUAAUAAUAAUAAUAAUAAUAAUAAUGAUUAUUAUUAUUAUUAUUAAAACAAUCAGUUAGAUGAGGAAGAUAAGCAAUUAAUUCUUUAUAUCCCAUCAGAGAUAAUAUAAAAAAUGUUUUAAAAAAAAAUAUGCAGAAAAUAAAUAAAAGGUUGUGUAUUUUUUUUUAACUUUAUUUAUUAUUAAGCCUUUUUAUUUAAUUAAUAAGUCACUGGGUACAGAGUUAAAAGGCAAGGUGAUUCCAAUAUGACGGCUUUAAACAAUUGACAAAUUAUGUUUGGAUGUAAUUUCAUGCCAAAGCAUGCUGUAAAAUUAAGCUGGAAGUGCAAGAAAUGCAUCUCCUGCUGUGUAACAGAAAGUUUGCACUAAACUGGCCUUAUAAUGUGUUUACUGAUCAGUAAUCUGUUACAGUAUUCAGUGAGGCAAAUUAUUAUAUUAAAUAUUAACUUAUUUCCCUGCCUUUGAGCUUUGAUGACUGCAGCGAACCUGUAACUGCAUUUAACAAUCUGUCACAAGAAAACUGAAAUUACUGUAAAUAGUAAAAACUUUAGUUACUAUGUAUUAUUCCACUGCAUGUGAAAGUAAAAUGUGAAUUGUAUAUGUUUCAUGUAUACACUGUAAAAUGUAAUCUUAAAAGGAAAUGCAUUUUAAAAUGUGCACAAACAUAAUUAUUAAAGGAGUAAUAGGCCUUAAAACAGAUGUGUUUGUUAAGGUUAAUAGUUUUACAGUGUAUUUUGAGAAUUUUUUUUUUUUUCAUCAAUAAAGGUUUAUAUAUAUAAUA